UCCAUUGCAUUUUACAAUGAAGCCUUUUCCCAGAACAGAAAUUUCCAAUUCUGGGCAAGUAAAAUUUUGUCCAGAAGCCAAUCAGCAGCGACAAGAUGCUGUUUACAACAUCAUAAAUAGCGAGGAAUGGAGUAAGCAGAUCAAAACAAUAGUAGAUUUUGGUUGUGGAGAAUUGCGUUUUUUUAAAGUGUUAAAGACAAUGGAACAAUUAGAUUCCAUAAUUUGUAUUGACAUUGAUGAAGAAAAAUUAAAGCUUCAUGGAGAGAAGGCUAAUCCUGCAUUUAACGGGAUAGUUGAAUAUAUGAAGAAGCCUCUAAAAGUAGACAUUUAUCAUGGUGAUAUUGGGCAGAUAGAUUCUUGCAUUAAGAACUCAGAUGCUAUUAUAUGCAUUGAAGUCAUUGAACACUUAUUUCCUAAUGAGUUGGACAAUUUGCCAUAUACUAUAUUUGGAUUCGCCAAACCAAAAUUAGUAGUAAUUACCACACCAAAUGUAGAAUUUAACAUUGUUUUCUCCAAGAAAAAUAAAAUGAGGCAUGAAGAUCAUAAAUUUGAGUGGACAAGAGUUCAAUUUCGAGAUUGGGCUUCAAAUAUAAUUCAACGAUACCCAGACUAUGCAGUUGAAUUUCAGGACAUUGUUGUUCCUCCCAAAGGCUAUGAAAGCAUAGGUCCAUUAACACAAAUGGCAGUUUUUCAUAAGCAAACAAAAUUUGCAGAUAAUAAACAUGAAAAUGAUACCGUCAAGAACUAUGAGCUAAUAUACAGUUACGAGUAUCCCGUUCAAAAAGACUUGAGAGAAACUGAUGAUAAAAUAUUACAAGAAUUUAUGUUUUACCUUACUAAAUAUUCUGAUUCAAAUGAUCAGUGUGAACAAUAUGGAGAUGAUAGUCAAGCCAUUAUGAUUCCAUUAAAACCUCUAUUCAAAAAAAUAAAAUCACUUGUUCCAAAUCUGCGCGAAUUGGAAUCAUUGUUGAUCGGUUUUGGGUACACCAUCACUAAACACAAUUUGAUACUAAGUAAACCAAAAGUGAAAUAUAACAGAGGGUAUCCACAUCUAUAAUAGAAGUGCCCUUUAAGAUAUACAUGAUUGA